GGGGAGUUAGGCUCUGAUGAAAAACCAGCAUCCGGCCAAGGGAAACUGGAGCACCAGGUCUGCGAGGCCCCUCCGGCUGUGUCUUCGCUGUCUCCCUCUGGAGGCGGUGGGACACCUGUGUGUAGCAACCCUGUGGCUGAGGGGAAGACAUCCCCUGCAGGGUGCUAGGCCCCAGAGCACAGCCUCCGUGGGGUGAACCUGUCCACGGCAGCCCCACUCAAUCCAUGCUCAGCAUUCUAGAAUAUCAGAGGAACAACAAAGAGAGAUGGGCAGACGGCAUCCUGCCUCCAGGACUUCACAACCGUGGAAUCUCAGUCCAUUUCUUCAUCUAGUUUCCUUCAGUGGACUCAUCUCUGAAAUUGUGUGACUAUUACAACAGCUACAAGAGUUAAAAUGGAGAAUUAUUUUAUAAUUCAUGUGCUGUUAUUCCUGCUGGUUAGAGCACGGCCUCGUCUCAAUUCCAGGACAAGAAGCCAUCGUCUUCUGAGCAUUUGUGUAAUCCAGAUUAUGGAUUUUUAUGAUCUACAACCUGCAAUACAAUGGAUGAGUUCGUCAGAGACAAUACCUAACUCUCCACCAGCACUGGAACAUUUGGCUGGGAUAAACCAAUUAAUAGUGUGCCAACGUUUUGAUUCGGAAGUCUUUGGUCAUUUGAAAACUAGUAAAACCUAUGAGGUCAUGAAUAAUCAAGGACAGAGAAUUUAUUUUGCAGAAGAGAGAAAUAACAGGUUCCUCCUAUACCUUUGCGGAAUUUCAAGGCCUUUUACCAUGACAAUUUAUGGUAAUGUAGGUCAAGAUAUAAUUACUAUGAAUAAAGCUCUAAGAUGCAGUUGUUGCUGGAGUAGCUGCUGCCUACAAAAGCUAACAGUUGAAGCUCCACCUGGUGAAAAAAUUGGAUAUGUUUAUCAAUAUUUUCACCCAUUUCUUCCAAAGUUUAAAAUAAAAAAUGAGAAUAAGAAAGAUGUACUGAAAAUCAGAGGGCCAUGUUUGGUUUCCAACUGUCUCUGGGAUCUAAAUUUUAAUUUAUUAUCUCUGGAUGAAGAAAUUGUUAUUGGAAAUAUUUCAAAGCAUUGCUCUGGCUUUGUGACGGCACCAUCACUAACAGAUGCUGAUACAUUUAGCAUCCAGUUUCCAAUUGACCUUGAUGUUAAAAAUAAAGCAUUGAUUCUUGGAGCAAGUUUCCUUAUUGACUACAUGUACUUUGAAAUCUGGCCCUAAGAAUCAUCUUGAAAGACUAUGCCAGAGAUUACUUGCAUUAGGUGAUGCCAACACUCAGCAAAAUUAAAUAACUU